UGAGGCAGCAGGAGGGUGCACGGGCCCUCGGGGGAGCCCAUGGAGACCUGGAGGAAAGGCUCCUUCCGCAACGCCUCCUUCUUCAAGCGGCUGAGCCUGGGCCGGCCUAGGCGGCUCCUGCGGCGCCAGGGCAGCGUGCUCAGCCAGGCCAGCACGGCCGGCGGUGACCACGAGGAAUACAGCAAUCGCGAGGUCAUCCGCGAGCUGCGAGGCCGCCCCGACGGCCGGCGCCUUCCCCUGUGGGGGGACGAGCAGCCAAGGGCCACCCUGCUGGCCCCACCCAAGCCCCCUCGGCUCUACUACCGGGAGAGCACCAGCUGCCCCAACAUCCUAGAGUCCCCGGCCGCCUACCCCGCAGCCCUGCCUUCGGCCAUCUCCCUGGCUGGCCCGCUGGACCGCUACUCAGAAGAGGACCUGCUGGACAGCCCCCCCUUCCCGAGGACGCCCCCUCCGGACCUCAGCGACCCCUUCUUCUCCUUCAAAGUGGACCUGGGCAUCUCCCUUCUCGAGGAGGUGUUGCAGCUGCUGAGGGAGCAGUUUCCCAGCGAGCCCCGCUUCUGAACUGGGGUGAAGGUGCUGAGCACAGAAGGUGAUCAGGCCAGGAGUCCUGG